AUGCCUGCGCCAGGCGACCAGUACAGCGGCGGCGACGUCAAGAAUCCGUUUGAGGAACGCGUCGUACCGAACUUUACCGCACAAGAAAUUGCAACACUACAAAACCGACUGAAUAAACAACUCGGGCCCGAGUACAUAUCCCAGCGACCGGGCAAUGGUGGUGGUCGGGUGGCAUAUCUGGAGGGAAACAAAGCCAUAGCACUUGCCAAUGAGGUGUUCGGGUUCAAUGGCUGGUCGAGUUCCCUGGGACAAGUGCAGAUUGACUACGUCGACGAGCAUCAGAGUGGCAAAGUCAGCCUCGGUUUAUCGAUCGUAGUGAGAAUCACGCUCAAAGAUGGCACAUACCAUGAGGAUAUCGGCUAUGGUUCGAUAGAGAACGGCAAAGGCAAAGCGGCAUCGUUCGAGAAAGCAAAGAAGGAAGCAGCUACGGAUGGCCUGAAGCGCUCGCUACGCACAUUUGGUAACGUUCUCGGGAAUUGUCUAUACGACAAGGAGUAUCUCAAGAAGGUCCAGGCCAUGAAGGUGAAACCCAUCAAGUUCCAAGAAGGCAACCUCUACCGACACCCCGACUUCGCACAACAACCACCAUGGCAGGACGGGCAGGCACUCGUCAAGUCCGAGCCGCUCAGGACACCCGGUCGCCCAAGCCAGAUUCUCAGGACACGAACCGAUCAUCUUUCACACUCGACCACUGCCGACUCUGCCGAUUUCGACGAUGAAUUCGAUGGGAAUCUUUUCGAUGGGGUUGAAGUUUCUGAGGAUCAGGUUGACACUACUUUCGAUUCAGCGUCCUCGGACACCGUUGUACCACGAGCAGCAGAAGCAUCCAGGAAGACAAAUGGCACGAACGGCACGAACCCGGAACGCAACACACCUGGCCCUCAGAGCGGUCCUCCACCGCCUCAUGCACAGAGGCAACCAGCACCAGUGGGGCGCGGACAAGGGCUUCCACCUCAGCAGCUCCAGCCAAACCAGGGACCUGGGCGGCCACAGCCGAAUGAACCAAAUCAACGCGGCCCACAAACGCCUCAGCAGCCUCGCCCGGAUCAGGCUCGACGCAUGCCUCCACCAACAGCUGACACGAACAAGGCACCAGCUCAACAGCAACCAAACGGACAGCAAUCCCAACAGCAACCUUUGCGACCGACCCCUCCACAAGCACAGCAGGCUAAUCAGCCACGCCCCGGGCCACAGGCUGCAGGCAACACAGCUCCUCCAACCAAUGCUCCCAAUCCUAAUGUUCGGCCACCCGUUGGCUUCGUGACCUCGCGUGCAGCCGAACAGGUACAGAGCGCGGAAUCUGUAGCAGCACUCAACUCCCUCGCCUUCAAUCCUCACGCGGAGUCGCCUGUUCCCAAGGAAAAACGCACACCUGGUCUAGACCACACUCGCAGUGUCCCUGUAAAGCGCAAGGACGACGGUGGCGCUCCACUGCCUCAACCCCAAGGCGUCGGACGUCCAGCAAACGGAAGCGGCGCGGGAUUCAACCGGCCAAGCACUUUUGUCAACCCACAACAAGACGCCACGCGCCGGAUCGGUAUGCCCGGCGCACCCAACUAUGCCAUGAGUCCUAGUGCGAACCGUGGCGCGUACAAGCCGCCUACCUUUGCAAACGGGGCGGCGCCGAAUGCAUUGAAGAGGGAGAGGGUUGCACUGCAGGAUGUGAGUAAUGCGAGCGCGAAUGGUGUGACGGCGCAAGAGGGCGAUGCGAAGCGGCAGAAGAUAGAGGUGCCUGGGGUGGAGAAUGCGGGUGUUAGUUCUUCCUAA